GGGGUUGCUGUGCAGCAACGAAACGAGCUUUUAGAAUUCAAUAUGGCGUGACCUUCAACCGUGUUGAUAGUUCACAGAAUUGGUGCAAUGUAGUUGGAGAAGUGUGGAUGUUGGAACUUUUUGUUAUUUAUGUGCCGAAAUACCGAUAGCUAAAAUCUGAGCAUGAGUCGUGUUACGAAACAGCUUAAAAAGCUAUCUCUUAGCUCACUCCUUGGAGAUAGCCAUGGGUCUGAAAAAGAAGAUGUUCACAUGAAAAAAUUUCACCAUCAAGAUGGUAAAAAGAAGCUACCAACCAUUCCUACCAAGGAGGAACAGUCAAGUAUGAAGCAGUCAAUUAGAAUGCGAUCCCCAAUCAAUACACAUCACUUGACCGCCUAUGGCCCAUUUUUCUUGGAAUAUUCUAUGCUUGCAGAAUUCAACCAUUUGAGGAAACAAAGGCUGCCUGGUAUUUAUGCGAUUCCAUCCUGUGAGAACCCUCUAGUUUGGUAUGGAGUUAUAUUUGUUCGAAUGGGUAUCUAUCAAGAUGGUGUAUUUCGGUUCAAAUUGAAUGUUCCAUCAAAUUAUCCAGAUGGAGAUUGUCCAGCUGUAACUUUUACUCCACCGAUAUUUCAUCCAUCUGUGAAUCCUGAGACAGGGGAAUUAGAUGUCAAAAGAGCUUUUAAGACUUGGAGGCCCAAUGUUAACCACCUAUGGCAAAUACUUCUCUAUGUUCGGAGAAUAUUUUACAAAAUCGAGGCAACCUCUCCUUUGAAUGCUGAGGCUGCACAGCUGUAUGAGAAAAGUCAAGAAGAAUUCAAGGAAAGAGUGGGAAAAGAUGUGGAGUUUGCUGUUGAGAAUGCUUACCAAUCGAAAGAUGAAGACAACGAUCAACAUUUGAUCCGAUUUACUGAAUGGAAUGCUGAAGUACAUGAUCCUGUUCUAAAGGAUAUAGUUGGAGAAAAGGAGGAGGAAAAAGCCGGAAAAACAAAUGAACACGAUAACGAGACUGGGAACGAUUUUGAACCGAAACCGAACUUGUCCGGUAUGUCAUUUAUGGAACCUGGGUCGGUUGUUAUUUUCAGCAAAGACGAAUACGACUAAUUGGCUUGAAUUUAUUAGCUUUCAGAUUCAGAAGUCAAAUACUGAAUGUUGCUGCCAGUAUAUCCUGCAAGAUAAUGAGGAACGCACAGUCUAUGACUAACUUUAAAAUACCAACGGUGUAUUAUGCCGGGGGUACUUUGUCGAUCUUUUUUUACUAUGUGAAAACAAACUUGGAAUUUCUUAGUCCGUUGAAGUACACCAGAAAUUUUUGUUGCUCUGCCCCAAUUACGAUAGGAUUAGGUAUUGGACAGAGCCUUCAAUGAUAGGAGAGGUAUGAGCCGGGAAGGCAUGGCCCGUCUUACGUUUUGCAAUAUAAAGGAAGCUUAGGCAGAAAGUCUUUCGCAGUUCAAUUAUAAUUUGAAAUCCCGUCACUCUCUUUCAACUCUUCAUUUUGAAUCGAAGGCCUUAUUGGGGGAUUUAAUUUCAGCCCCAUCUCUUAUCCUCACGACUCAACCCUCAGGUAGCCAUCGCUGUGUAUUAUGUAAUACAAACAGUACCGUUGCACACUGAUAUAGUUUUUUGCACGAACCUUUCUGUAAAUAAAGUGUGAGAUAAACUUUAAGAAGGUUAUAAAUAAUCAUUAAAGUUGCUAGAGAUUUUCACAAUCUUAAAACUUAACAGCAUUUUUUUAUAUUUCUGUAUGUAUUUAAAUUAGGGUGUUAUUGUAUUUUAGCACAUUUUUGUUAUAACAUAUGUAAUUUUUUAUCGUUGUGACAGAAAACGUUUCUCACUA